AUCGUAAAUGCAACGGCUAGAAAGAAGUUGGGAAAGGGGCCAAUUGGAAUGGAUUUGAUGUUUUCCUCGGUGUUGUGGUGUUCCCGCACCCACGGUACCCCUACCGCACCAUGCGGUGUUGGCACACCCUUUGGCAAUCAAAUAAGACAUGCCCGACCCGUAUGUGUCGGACCUAGGUUCGUCGGCUAUACCGGAGGACGCUGAACACGUCUGUAAGUUCGCAGGCGGCACUGAUGGUCUGAUGCGGCGGCGCCUUCGGCCUUCCCCUACUAUGCUCUUCUAUCUCCACUCGAAAACCCUAACUUCUCCGUUCUCUAACCUUUAAUUCGCCUUUUACUAUUUUCGAUUGGUAAAUUAUAAUCUCUAGUUACUGCAGAUUCAAGCUAUCAUUCAACAAAGAAGAAGAAGACUCAGCCGGAUGAAACGUAAUUCGGAUUCGGUAGACGACUCAAUGGAUGCAAUUCAGAACCAGAUGUCAUCGAUCGCGUUAAACGCUUCAAUUGGCGCGAGUAGCUUGCCGAGGGCGGCAGGAUCGCGGAGGUGAAUGAUGGAGUGUUGCUGGAACUGGCUUUUGGUUAACUGCACGAAUACGAGAUGGAAUGGAAGUAUGCUGGUAAUAUGGACACAAUAGCUGGAGUUUAAAAGGAAGGAAAAAAGCAUUGGGAGUUGGAAGGCAUCCAAUGAAGUAAUGCAUAGUGGGCCCCACCCAUAUCUCCCUUCAAAUAACACCAAUAUGCAAAGAAAACAAAAAAGAUUAGCCUCUUUAUGUAGUGGUGCUUCAUUUCAUGAUUACCCCACUCAAAUCUUACACAAUUUCACAUCUUUUAAUCACAAAAUUAUUGCCUUUUUAACACACCCAAAAUUAGAUUACAUAAUUUUAGACAUCAUAAUUAAAAGUUACCUUAAAACAUGUAUUUUAUAUGAUUUUUAAAAUCAGGGUUAAUGUCAUGAGCAAUAAAAAAAAACUAAAAUCUUUUGUUACCUUCUGAAAAUAUUAUUUAUAAUAUAAAAAGACAAAAAAUAAAGAUAUAAACUUUUUAAAAUAUAAUAUUUAAUUUCUGUAAUUAUAAAAUUUGUAAGAUAAUGUUGUUUUUCAUAAUUUUGUAAAAAGUAAUAGUUUGAUAAUUAAAAAAAUGAUUUGUUUUAAUUUUUAAAUAAUCAAUCAAAAUCACAUCCAUGCAAAGGAAGGGGGAGAAAAAGGCUUAAUGCGUAUUUCACUAUAUCGUCCAUUAAACAAUUUACGCCACACCCACACCGGUCUUUACAUACUUCCAUCCCCAAAAAAACACCCCCCUCUUCCCUCAUACCUCACCCAUUUCUCCGCCGCUCAUCCAUCUCCGGUGGCGUCGCCUCCGUUAAUUGUUUCACCAACACAUCGGAGUUUACAUAUAAGAGAGGUUUCCGGUUAGUAAUUGGCGGAGAUGUAUAAGAAUCAGCUGCAAGAGCUAGCGCAGAGAAGCUGCUUCAACCUCCCAUCUUAUACGUGCAUCAGGGAAGGACCUGACCACGCGCCGAGGUUCAAGGCCGUCGUUAAUUUCAACGGCGACUCCUUUGAAAGCCCUAACUAUUUCUCCACUCUCCGUCAGGCUGAGCACGCCGCCGCCGAGGUCGCUCUCUCCUCCCUCUCCUCCCACUCCCUCGCCGCCAGAAUCCUCGAUGAAACUGGGGUUUACAAGAAUCUAUUACAAGAAAUUUCACAAAGAGUCGGUGCACCAUUGCCACGUUACACAACUUACCGGUCCGGUUUAGGACACCUACCUGUGUUCACCGGCAUAGUCGAACUCGCCGGAAUUACAUUCACCGGUGAACCCGCAAAAAACAAAAAACAAGCGGAAAAAAACGCUGCCAUGUCAGCAUGGUCAUCUCUCAAACAUUUGGCAAAACAAGACGCGAGUUCAUCGACUGAACCGGAGAAUAACGAUGAACAGGAACAAAUCAGAAUCGCGAGAGCACUUAUGAAUUACAAAUUAAAACAAAAAAUUGGAAAAGUCAACUACGUUGACCACAACCCAAUAGCUUUUGAUAAAAAAUUCACUACACCUUCACCACGACCACCUAGCCCACAACGAGCGCCGUUAACGUCGUCAAAAAUACUUCCAUUCUUGUACCAAAAACAUGAACCAUCAUCAUCAUCUCCAUCAUCGUCAUCAUUACCAUCACCACAUCAAAACCAAAACCGCCCGACCUGCCCGGCUUAUGUUCCGAUGCGGUACUACAGGCCGCUUGCACCGCCGGUUACUAUGAGAACCGCGGUGCCGGUUUUCUCUGCGCCGCCUGUUCGGCAGGUGGUGCAGAAUAGACCGGUGAAGGUGGCACCGCCUAUCUGUGUGAGACAGGCGGUGCCGGUUUUUUCUGCUCUUCCUACUCUGGUUAAGAAAGAGGAGGGGUUGAAGGUAAAUGAGUCUGAAGCGGUUAAGUGUCUAGAAAAUCUUAAAUUAUGAGAGGGUUAUGAAUGAUUGUUGAAUGUUGUUAAAUGGUUUAUGUUUUUUUUUUUUUAAUAUUUGGUU